AUGGAUGUUGAAGCAUUGAAGAAGCUUAACAAAAAUAAGAAAUUGGUGAAGAAGCUUCCGAAGCAGAAGCAUGCCUUUUGGCAUCAGAGUACACCAAUACUGUUUGGAAAACUGGCGUCAAGGAUAUACAACCAACUCCUAAACCGCUUAGGUAAUGGCUACGUUCGGGUGAUUGCUGUGAGACCAAACUAG